UGGCUCCGCGCGGCUCCGCUGCCCGCCCGCCAUGGCCCGGCGCAGCGCCCUCUCCAUCCGCAUCGUGGAGGGCAGGAACCUGCCCGCCAAGGACAUCACGGGGAGCAGUGAUCCGUACUGCAUCGUGAAGAUCGAUGAUGAGGCCAUCAUCAGGACUGCCACGGUGUGGAAGACGCUGUCCCCGUUCUGGGGGGAGGAAUACGAGGUGCAGCUCCAGCCUGGUUUCCACAGCAUCUCCAUCUACGUCAUGGACGAGGAUGCCCUCAGCCGUGAUGACAUCAUUGGGAAGGUCUGCAUCACCCGGGACAUGCUGGCAGAGCACCCCAAGGGAUACAGCGGCUGGAUGAGCCUCAGUGAGGUGGACCCUGAUGAGGAGGUGCAGGGGGAGAUCCACCUGCGGGUGGAGGUCCUGGGCAGCCAGGUCAGCCGGCGGCUGCGCUGCUCCGUGCUGGAGGCCAGGGAUUUGGCCAGGAAGGACCGGAAUGGUGCCUCCGACCCCUUUGUCCGCCUGCGCUACAACGGGAAGACGCAGGAGAGCACCGUGGUCAAGAAAUCCUGUUACCCUCGCUGGAACGAGACCUUCGAGUUCGAGCUGGCCGAGCCUGCUGAGGAGAAGCUCUGCGUGGAGGUGUGGGACUGGGACCUCGUCGGCAGGAAUGAUUUCCUGGGCAAGGUGGUGUUCAGUGUCCAGGGGCUGGAAGCAGCUGGGCAGGAGGAGGGGUGGUUCAGGCUGUGCCCAGACAAGUCCAAGCCAACAGAGGACGAGCGCCGGGGCAGCCUGGGCUCGCUGCAGCUGCAGGUGAAGCUCCGGGAUGAGACGGUGCUUCCCUCCCACUGCUACCAGCCCCUGGUGCAGCUCCUGUGCCAGGAGGUGAAGUUGGGGCGCCAGGAUGGCCAAGUGCACCUGGUCACCCUCCUGGACGAAACCACCACGGCCGAGUGCCGGCAGGAGGUCGCCAUCAACUUGGUCAAACUCUUCCUGGGCCAGGGGCUGGUCAAGGAGUUCCUGGACCUGCUCUUUGAGCUGGAGCUGGCCAAGCCCUGUGAGCCCAACACUCUGUUCCGGAGCAACUCUCUGGCCUCAAAGUCGAUGGAGUCCUUCCUCAAGGUGACAGGGAUGCCAUACCUGCACUUUGUCCUGGGCCCCACCAUCACCCGCGUGUUUGAGGAGAAGAAAUACGUGGAGCUGGACCCCGGCAAGGUGGAGAUCAAAGACGUCGGGUGCUCGGGGCUGCACCGGGUGCAGACGGAGGGCGAGGUGAUCGAGCAGGGCCGACAGCACCUCCAGUCCUACCUGGGCGAGCUCCUGGACGCCAUCGUCAGGUCGGCGCCGGCGUGUCCGCCCCUGAUCCGCGCCGCGUUCCGCCAGCUCUUCCAGCGCGUCGGGGAGCGCUUCCCGCAGCACCAGCACGCCAAAUUUGUGGCUGUCACCAGCUUCCUGUGCCUGCGCUUCUUCUCGCCGGCCGUGAUGACCCCCAAGCUGUUCCAGCUGCGGGCCGCACACGCGGACGCGCGGACCAGCCGCACGCUGCUGCUGCUGGCCAAGGCCAUCCAGCUGGUCGGGAACAUGGAGCCGGCGGCCGGGCGCGCCAAGGAGACGUGGCUGUCGCCGCUGCUGCCCGCCCUGCAGGAGGGCACCGCCCGCAUGAGGGACUUCAUCACCCGCCUGGUGGGCACGGAGGAGGACAAGGGCGAGGAGGAGGGCGAGGGGCGGCCGCUGGGGCCCUCGCCGGCCGUGGUGAAGGAGGGGAUGCUCCUCGUGCACAAGACACGGGGCAAGGGGCCGCUGCUCGCCGCUGCCGCCGGCAAGAAACUCCAUUUCUGCCUCACCGCGGAGUCCUUGAGCUUCGGCAAGAGCCCCGGUGCGGAGCGUAUCGGUGCCAUCGCCCUGGGCGACAUCCUGGCGGCCGAGAAGGUGGAGGAGAAGAGCUUCGGCAGCUCCCACGUCAUGCAGGUGGUCUACAUGGCCACGGGCGGGCAGCAGGAGACGGCUUACCUGCAGUGCAAGUGUGUCAACGAGCUGAACCAGUGGCUGUCAGCCCUGCGCAAGGUGUGCGGCAACAACCCCCGCGUGCUCCGCUCCUACCACCCCGGCGUUUUCCGCGGCGACAAGUGGAGCUGCUGCCACCAGCGCGACAGGACAGGGCUGGGAUGCGACCGGACCCGGCACGGCGUCACCCUGCAGGACUGGAGUGACCCGCUGGAGCCCACGGUGGAGGCGCAGCGCCUCUUCCAGCACCUGCAGGGCCUGCGGGGGACGCUCAGGGACAAGUACUGGGAGCUGCAGGAGCCGGAGGCGGCCCGCAACGGCCCCCGCGGUGAAGACGCUGCCCUGCCCGAGGGGCUGAGCCGGCUGCUGGCGGUGCUGGGGGAGCUGGAGCGCUGCCACCGCCGGGAGCUGCCCCCGCCGCCGGGCCCGGCCCUGCUGCGGCUGCAGACGUGAGGGAGCGCGGCCCCGCAAUAAAGGCACUUGGUACCCUG